GCUAGGUUGGAUUUUCGAUGGCUUUGCGGCUGUAGCAGAAAACGGCGGAGUCAUUUCAGUUUUGUAGUAUUCAGAAAUAAUUUCAAGAAUACAAUACGAUGUCUGCGCGAUAUGAUCGGGCAAUUACUGUAUUUUCCCCUGAUGGACAUUUGCUUCAAGUAGAAUAUGCUCAGGAAGCAGUAAGAAAAGGUUCCACUGCGGUUGGAGUACGUGGUAACGAUGUGGUUGUACUUGGUGUAGAAAAAAAAUCUGUUGCCAAAUUACAAGAGGAACGUACAGUGCGUAAAAUAUGUUUAUUAGAUGACCAUGUAGUUAUGGCAUUUGCAGGUUUAACUGCUGAUGCGCGAGUAUUAAUAAAUCGUGCACAAAUUGAAUGUCAAAGUCAUAAAUUAACAGUCGAAGAUCCUGUCACUUUGGAAUAUAUAACAAGGUAUAUCGCAGGUUUAAAACAGAAGUAUACACAAAGUAAUGGCAGGCGACCCUUUGGAAUAUCUUGCCUUCUGACUGGUUUUGAUUAUGAUGGAGUUCCACAUCUUUAUCAAACAGAGCCAUCGGGCAUCUACCAUGAAUGGAAGGCUAAUGCCACAGGUAGAAGUGCGAAGACAGUUCAUGAGUUUUUAGAGAAAUAUUAUACUCCAGAAGAGGUAGCAACAGAAAAAGGUUCUAUAAAACUUGCUAUUAGAGCAUUAUUAGAAGUAGUUCAGUCUGGACAGAAAAAUCUCGAAAUUGCUGUUAUGCGCCGCGGUCAACCUUUGCAGAUGUUGGACUCGGAUACAAUAGGGGAAUACGUCACUGAAAUAGAACAAGAAAAAGAAGCAGAAGCUGAGAAAAAGAAACAAAAGAAGUGAUGUUUUUGGGCAUCGUCAUAUUAUACAAUUUUUAAUUUUUCUCAUAAAAUAAAUAUUGAAAAAAUAGUUGAGAGACAAAGUUACAAGACUUUUUUUUAAUGCUAUCUGUAAAUUAUAGUGCUUAGCAGUAUAAGUGAUUUAUACAUAUUACUUUCAGGGUGUUAAAAAGGAGCAGCACCCUCUGUCACUUUUCCUAUUAAAAAUAAAAUGAAUGCACUAACUUACAUGUUUUAUUCGUGUAUACAAUUUUGUACUAUUAUAAAUACAUUUGUAUGUACUAAAUGUACUAAACAUAUUAAAAAUGGUUUAAUAAUA